AAGAAAAGGAAACUCACGACCCCAGUCACAGCCAACACCAAGCGACGGCGCCUGUCCCGCCUUACCUUCUCUACGUCGCUCCGCCACGACGAUCUCCAUUCCCAUCCGGCGCCGCAGACCCCGAGCAUCUUUCUUCCAGACGUCUCUUCACCUCGUCCAGGUCUUAUCCCAUCCCGACGACGAGCUAUAUCAAUCAACAGCAAGCAAUUCGCUUUCAGUUUACAGCAAAACGCGAGCCUCUUUACGUUGAUACUCGCUUAAGUAGACCCUCCCAGUCCUGAUUCCACUUCAACAUGCUGCACGACAUCAUGAUGGGGUCAUGGGAGUUUUCCACCUCUUUCUGCGUGGGCCGCAGUCGCGGCUGCGAGGUCAGCAUCGCCACAUCCGAGGAGACGCGCACUGUCAGCAAGCGGCACGUAGGCAUCGUCCCUGUGACCGAAACGCUGGCCAGUUCAGCACAUGCUACACCUGCGAAGCGUCGUUGGCUAAUAUAUGAUCUGGACACGAUGAAUGGUACAGCAGUGAACGGCGUGGAGAUUCCAAAAGGAGGCAAUCAGGAGCUCCAUAACGGAGACGAAGUGGUGCUGGCGUCCGCUAUGCGGCAGUGCGUACGUCUGCUUGUUCAAUUUCCAGACGAAGCACAUUCACGUAUUAUAGUCAAGGUGCUAGCACGUCCUGCCGCUCCGUCGCCUGCGCCGUUGCAUCGUCGGACGACAACUCCGGCGGUGUCCCCUCGCCGCUCACCACGACGAGUUGUGAUGACAAAUGCGCCCGUCGCGGCGACGGGAUUUGGUAGAUCAGCUGUGACGAUCGCUGGAAGUCCAGCGUUUACGAGGACGGGAUGUCGAUCGAUGGCAGGGACACCGAACAGUGAGUCGAACAUGAUGACAGUCCCCCCGCAGAAUCUUUCACAGAAGAGGAGUCGCAGCAGUCCGAGCAAGAAUGAGAAUGUGGAGAGAAACAGACAACACGAUACGCCCAAUAGUCAACAGAGGAAACGCUCGCGUCGUGGCGGCGUUGUUGAGGAAACAGCAAUUGAUGGAGAUCCCAGCUCUGCUGCUAAAAGAGCCCGAGAGAACGAGAAAGAAGAGCGCGAACGGCUAAUGAUGUGUUCCGUGUGUCUGGAGUAUUUUCAUGGCAGUGCAACGCUGCCGUGCUCUCAUACGUUUUGCGGACACUGCAUCAGCAACUGGUUCCGCAACUCACUGUCUUGUCCUGAGUGCCGUGACGUCGUGAAGACAGUUCCAGUUCGAAACCGUGCUCUGGAUGAACUAGUGGAGCGUCUGGUAGGCCAGACAGAAGCGUACAAGUCUCUUGUACGCCGUCGGGCUCGGAUGCAGCGGCGGUCGGUCGGACCACACCGAUAUGAACGUGGCAGUGACGAGAAUGAGGACGGAUCUGAAGGAGCUACGCGCGGUGUUGGCGGCCUACAUCUUGAUAACAACCGUAACUUGGAGCCUAGAACGCGCUCCGUGUUUACCCGCUGGUCGGUGGAUGAUAAGCUGGCGUUCUCUGCAUACAUCAAUGACCAGUUCGGUGAGGCCCGCGUGGCAACGUGUAAGAAAGUAGGGCUCACUGAUGCUGCGGUGGACAGGGCCAAUAUGACGGAACUGCUCGUUGCCGCGCAGAAUCUAUUGCUGGAUUGCGGUGGCCUCCGUCUGGUAGGCGACGAGUGCUGUCAGCGCCUGAAGAUCUUUCUGUUCUUCGGCUAAAGGCAGUCUCAAUCCAGGUAGGUUAGAUUACGAGUAGAAUAUCGUUGCGUAAAAUAAUUCACCGCAGCUGUCUCCGUCUGCAAGUAUGUCAUCAAGAUUGCAAGACUCCGCGCAACAGAGCACUAGGCUAAUGGCAGAGAAACCUUAAGGAGCAAAUGUCAAGUUGAAGCCGUGUAUUUACAAAUUCGAAGAAUAAUAUUGCUGGC